AUGGCAUCCGGAAUUGUCAACGGACCGAUUCCGGAGUAUUUUAUGAAAGAUGUGAGCAACCGGCUGAGCUCGUUGGAGUUUGAGAAGGAAAAGGACCAUUUCCUAAUCCUGGAUCAACUCUUGCUACCACUCGAAAAGAAAUAUGUAAAAAUUUCGGGGGUUGAUGACGCUUGUGCAGUGAUUAUUUCAAUGCAGGUACGCGGAGCUCCACUUAUCGCGAUUGUUGGAGCCUUCGGACUACGAGUAGAGCUGCUCAAGACCCAGUUUUCCAAUCCGGAGGAACUAAAGGAAUUCUUGUCGGCAAAGAUGAAACUACUGAUCCUGACCCGACCUACGGCAAUCAACCUCGGUAACGCAAUGCAGCAAAUUUCGGAUUCAGUUGAGGGCAAGGAUACGGUAGAGGAGAUACUGGAUAUUGUUCAUCACAGGAUUCUAAAAAUUUAUGAAGAUGAACAGGAGGACAAUCGACGGUUGGUCUGGAAUGGGUACCAAGAGGUCUUCUCACAAUGUUCUGGAAAGGAAAAACUAAAUCUGAUGACAAUUUGCAACACUGGUAGCUUGGCGACUUGUUCAUGGGGAACAGCAUUAGGAGUGAUCGUAGCUCUACAUCAAGCCGGAAAGGUCGAGAUGGUGUACGCGCUGGAGACCAGGCCCUACAAUCAGGGAGCAAGGCUGACCUCCAUCGAGUUGAGCCACAGCCACGUCCCCUUCAAGCUGAUCACCGAUUCGAUGGCUGCCUGGACGAUGAAGACGAAGGGCAUUGAUGCGAUACUUGUUGGUGCUGACCAAGUCGUCAUGAACGGUAAUACAGCUAAUAAGAUUGGAACCUACAUGCUGGCAGUGCUGGCGAAACAUCAUAAUGUUCCAUUCUAUCCUGUAGUACCGUACACUACCGUAAACCCCAGGCGUAAUGACGGCCGGGAUAUCACGAUUGAAGAACGACCGGCUGAUGAGAUGCUGAAAGUCAAAGGUCAAUACGUUCUACCCGAAAACACCCCAGUAUGGAAUCCGGCAUUUGAUGUUACCCCGGCAGAAUUAAUUACCAAAUGCACAACAUCCGCGUCUGGUGACGACUUUAGCGAUGAGUGUUCAGAUCGGAACACGACCUGCCAAGGAUACUACUGUACGAAAGGACCGGAUGCUAAAUCCAACGGCAUGUACCGCGGCUGCUCAAACACCCCGCCGAUCGACAACUCGGCUGUUUCCGACUGCCGGACUGUUACCAACCAAAACAACGCGAUCCUCGGCAACUGUUACUGCAACAACAUCGACUUUUGCAACGGAAUCCCUGAAAAAUUCGGACUUGCUCCUGGUAGCCGGACGAUUACAGCGAUGAUCGACGACUUGAUAGUGGUCAAUGUUUCUAUUGUGAUCUUGCUGGUUGCACGGCAUUUUGCCAAGAUGAUACCUUACGUGGAGUUGAUCCCCAUCACCGAGCUGUCCCUCGUGAAAACCGUUGGCGGCCGCAUAAAAUUUAUUCGCUUUCGAAAAUUCGAGAUGCACCCCUAUAUCCCGAAAGUGUUGUUUUUCUAUGCGGCUUUUGGCUGCUCGGCUCUGGCCACUUCUGUAGCGGCAAAUAUAUUCAAACGAACCUCGUCGAGGUUACGGCCAAACUUUUUGGACACUUGUCGACCUGCUAAUUUAAGUGAAAUCUGCCCUCCCUGUUCUCGGAAUUACAUAGCGUCCGUGGUUUGCCUUGCCGAAACCUCGAAAGAUGAGCAUUUUUCAUUUCCGAGCGGUCACGCCGCGCAUUCGGCGAAUUUUGCUAUAUUUUUGAUCCUUUAUCUACAUAGACGAAUGAAAUUGUGGACAAUCGUUAGGGCCUACGCUCAAUAUACCAUUUUCUUGCUAACAACCUUUAUUUGUCUAACAAGAAUCCGUGACUUCAAACAUCGCUACACCGACGUUAUCGGCGGAUGGAUAUUUGGUGCUAUUAUUGCGUUUGGAAUGAUACAUCUAAUCCUACGUAAUUUCCGGAAAUAUCGAUAUUAUAUCCAUACCGAAGAUGAGCUCGUCGAGUCUACUGAAGCAGUUACGAGGCCAAAUACGCCGACCAACUAUGGUGCACUGCAUCAUACGAGAAGUAUAGCCUGUUUAGUGAAG